CUGUGACGCGAGGCCCCGCCCCGCGGCGCCCGCUUCCAAGAUGGCGGCAACGAAGCAUGCCCGGCUGUAGGGGUGGCGGUGACGCCGGGAAGCUGGAGGCCAGGUACGUAAGCUGGGGACCGUGGAGAGAAAGAGAGAGGGCUCGCAGAAAGGUUUGGACGGUCUGGAGAGUGCGUGUUGGGUCAAGGCUGGAGAGAAGCUUGAGCAGGGCCGGACUUCAUGGGGGAAUGUGGUCGGGGGCCGGUUGGCCUCACGUAGCACCGGAGGGCCGAAGCGAAAGGAGACUGGGAUGAGAUGGGCGUGCUCGGAAAGAACCGGAUUCUAACCCCUGGCCGAGCGCUGACCACGCCUCUCCAGAUAAUGCCUCACAUCUCUGCACCCCCGGGACCCCCUGUAGCCCCCAUGAUUGGGAAGAAGACAGCUUGAAUCUGGCACUCCCCUCUCUCCCUCCCCAGACCUCACCUCAGGAUGUUGCGGAGGCUGCUGGAGCGGCCCUGUACGCUGGCCCUGCUUGUGGGCUCCCAGCUGGCCGUCAUGAUGUACCUGUCACUAGGGGGAUUCCGAAGCCUUAGUGCUCUAUUUGGCCGGGAUCAGGGGCCAACAUUUGACUAUUCUCACCCCCGAGAUGUCUACAGUAACCUCAGCCACCUGCCCGGGGCCCCUGUAGCCCCAGGGGGUCCUCCAGGUCCUCAAGGUCUGCCCUACUGUCCAGAAAGAUCUCCUCUCUUAGUGGGUCCUGUGUCGGUGUCCUUUAGCCCAGUGCCAUCAUUAGCAGAGAUUGUGGAGCGGAAUCCCCGGGUAGAGCCUGGGGGCCGGUACCGCCCUUCAGGCUGUGAGCCCCGCUCCCGAACAGCCAUCAUUGUGCCCCAUCGUGCCCGGGAGCACCACCUGCGCCUGCUGCUCUAUCACUUGCACCCCUUCCUGCAGCGCCAGCAACUUGCUUAUGGCAUCUAUGUCAUCCACCAGGCUGGCAAUGGGACAUUUAACAGGGCAAAGCUGUUAAAUGUUGGGGUGCGGGAGGCCCUGCGUGAUGAAGAGUGGGACUGCCUGUUCUUACAUGAUGUGGACCUCCUGCCAGAAAAUGACCACAAUCUCUAUGUGUGUGACCCCCGGGGACCCCGCCACGUUGCUGUUGCCAUGAACAAGUUUGGAUACAGCCUCCCAUAUCCCCAGUACUUCGGAGGGGUCUCAGCGCUCACUCCUGACCAGUACCUGAAGAUGAAUGGCUUCCCCAAUGAAUAUUGGGGCUGGGGUGGUGAGGAUGACGACAUUGCUACCAGGGUGCGCCUGGCUGGGAUGAAGAUCUCUCGGCCCCCCACAUCUGUGGGGCACUAUAAGAUGGUAAAGCACCGAGGAGAUAAGGGCAACGAGGAAAAUCCCCACAGAUUUGACCUCCUGGUCCGUACCCAGAAUUCCUGGACACAAGAUGGGAUGAACUCACUGACAUACCGAUUGCUGGCUCGAGAGCUGGGUCCUCUCUAUACCAACGUCACAGCAGACAUUGGGACUGACCCUCGGGGUCCCCGGGCUCCCUCUGGUCUCCGUUACCCACCUGGUUCUUCCCAGGCCUUCCGUCAAGAGAUGCUGCAGCGCCGGCCCCCAGCUAGGCCUGGCCCUCUGCCUACUGCCAACCACACAGCCCACCUUGGUUCACACUGACCCCUUCUUGCCCACCUUACUCAUGAAACUGAAUCAGAGGGUUGUAUUCUUCCCACCCUCAGCUCCUCAUGCUCUUAGAGGGAUGUGGGGGAACUGAACUUCAGUACUAUGCUGGGGGUUAGGGGCCUCGCUGCACUGUUGGGCUGGAGCUGGGCUCCUCUAGACCUGGGGGAUCACUCUUUCUAGGGUCACCUGCCAGGCUUUAUGAAUGUGAAUCUUUGAUGUCAUGACUUUACGUGACGACUCCUGGGAGUCCCCUACCCCUGGGGUAGGAGCAGGGCUGGACCCCAAGCCCCUUCCUCUUCCAUGGAGAUCACUCUCUUCCAAGAGUAAUCUGGCUUCUCCUGGGACCUCUGUGAAUAUUUAUUCUAUUUAUGGUUCCUGGGAAGCUGUUUGGUGAAGGAAACCUUUCCCUGGUACUUUCUGCCAGUGCUGGAGAGCUCCCUUUUCUGGCCCAGGCUCACGGGCUGGGAUUUUGAUAUAUUUUCUAAUAAAGGACUUUGUCUCGUC